CUUUUGAUCCCAUAAAAACCCAUAUAAAAAGGUGCAAGCUUUCUGCAAAAUAGGAGAAAAAGAUUGAAGCUUUUUUCUUCUUUCUUCUUCUUCUUCUUCAAUGGCUUCAGUUGGUUGUACUCUGUUGUUGUGUUGGUGCUUUGUAGGGUUGUACAUUUUGUCAUAUACAGCAGCAGCAGCAGCAGCUAACAAUGUGACAUAUGAUAGCAGGUCACUCAUUAUUAAUGGUGAAAGAAAGCUUCUUAUUUCAGCUGCUAUUCACUAUCCUAGAAGUGUUCCUGCUAUGUGGCCUGGAUUGGUAAAAGCUGCAAAAGAAGGAGGUGUAGAUGUGAUUGAAACCUAUGUAUUUUGGAAUGGGCAUGAACCAUCACCAGGCAAUUACUAUUUUGGUGGAAGGUAUGAUUUACCCAAAUUUGUGAAGAUAGUUCAGGAUGCUGGUAUGCUUCUGAUUCUUCGGAUUGGGCCAUUUGUUGCUGCAGAAUGGAAUUUUGGUGGUAUACCUGUUUGGUUGCAUUAUGUGCCUGGGACCGUCUUCAGAACCGAUAAUGAACCUUUCAAGCAUUAUAUGCAGAACUUCACAACUCUCAUUGUGAAUAUGAUGAAGAAAGAGAAGUUUUUUGCAUCACAAGGAGGUCCCAUCAUCUUAUCACAGGUGGAAAACGAGUAUGGAUACUAUGAAACUGCAUAUGGCGAAGGUGGCAAAGCAUAUACACAAUGGGCAGCUAAAAUGGCUCUUUCUCAAAAUACAGGUGUUCCAUGGAUAAUGUGUCAGCAAUGGGAUGCUCCAGAUCCAGUGAUCAAUACUUGCAAUUCAUUUUACUGUGAUGAUUUUAAGCCAAGCUACCCAACGAUGCCCAAGAUCUGGACAGAGAAUUGGCCAGGAUGGUUUAAGACAUUUGGAGGCAGAGAUCCACAUCGCCCCGCUGAAGAUGUUGCUUAUGCUGUUGCUCGAUUUUUCCAAAAAGGAGGAAGUGUACAUAAUUAUUAUAUGUAUCAUGGUGGGACGAAUUUCGGACGCACUUCUGGUGGGCCGUUUAUUACUACAAGUUACGAUUAUGAUGCACCAAUUGAUGAAUAUGGGUUACCGAGGUUCCCAAAAUGGGGGCACCUUAAGGAGCUACAUCGAGCUAUAAAAUUAUGUGAACAUGCAUUGUUGAACAACAAACCAACCUUGGUUCAUCUUGGUUCCCAACAAGAGGCUGAUGUGUAUGAAGAUGAGUCAGGAAGUUGUGCUGCCUUUAUUGCUAACUUAGAUGACAAAAAUGAGAAAACAGUACAAUUUCGGAAUGUUUCAUAUACACUACCAGCAUGGUCAGUUAGCAUUCUUCCCGACUGCAAAAAUGUAGUCUUCAAUACCGCGAAGGUCGUAUCUCAAAUUGCUACUAUUGACAUGGUACCAGAGCAAUUGCAACCUUCAACAUCUUCCCCACAUAAAGACUUGAAAGCAGGCGGUUGGGAAAUAUAUGUUGAGAAAGCCGGCAUUUGGGGAGAAGCUGAUUUCACUCGCAGUGGCUUUGUGGAUCAUAUUAAUACCACAAAAGACACCACUGACUAUCUUUGGCAUACAACUAGUUUAUUUGUUGACAAGAAUGAAGAAUUUUUGAAGAACGGAAACAAACCAAGGCUAUUCAUUGAGUCUAAGGGACAUGCUCUUCAUUUCUUUGUCAAUGGCAUACUUCAAGCCAGUGCAUCUGGAAACGGUACUGUUUCACCCUUUAAUUUUACGAGUCCUGUUUCUUUGAAGGCUGGGAAGAAUGAAAUUGCUAUUUUGAGCAUGACUGUCGGCCUUCAAAACGCGGGAUCAUUUUAUGAAUGGGUUGGAGCUGGAUUAACCAGUGUGAAGUUCAAAGGUUUGAAGGAUGGAACCGUGGACCUAUCAAACACCACAUGGACCUACAAGAUUGGGUUAGAAGGCGAGCAUCUUAGCCUGUAUAAUGCUGAUGCUUUAAAUAAUGUAAAAUGGAAGUCAGUUUCCGAGCCACCUAAAAAUCAGCCAUUGACAUGGUACAAGGCUAUUGUGGAUGCUCCACCAGGAAAUGAGCCUGUUGCUCUUGACAUGGUUCACAUGGGAAAAGGCUUGGCAUGGCUAAAUGGGGAGCAAAUUGGAAGGUAUUGGCCCAGAAAGGCUCCAACUGACAAGUGUGUUAAAGCAUGUGACUAUAGAGGCAAAUUCAACCCCGAUAAAUGCAAUACAGGGUGUGGAGAACCAACACAAAGAUGGUACCAUGUUCCAAGAUCAUGGUUCAAGCCGUCAGGUAACGUUCUGGUGAUGUUUGAAGAGAAAGGUGGAGACCCGACUCAGAUUAGGUUCUUAAGACGGAAACUAUCCGCUCUUUGUGCUCAUGUUUCUGAAGAUCACCCCUCCUUUGUUACCAACAACUUGCACAAAAACAAAGCAAGUUUGGAGUUAAAAUGCCCAAUGAACACUUACAUUUCCGCUUUCAAGUUUGUUAGUUAUGGAACUCCUACCGGAACUUGCCAGUCAUAUGCCAUAGGAGAUUGCCAUGAUCCUGACUCCAGAUCUCUUGUUCAAAAGCUAUGCUUGAAUAAGAGUGAGUGCAUAGUGGAAUUAACUGAAAAGAAUUUCAAGACAGAACUCUGUCCUGGUAUGAUGAAGAAACUUGCUGUAGAAGCAACAUGUAGCUGAACCUCACCAUUUUGAUGUCGAAUAGAUAUGACGAAUCAUUUUACAUAGGAUUCGGGCUGCAACAGGUUUUCUAGAAACUUGCUAGCUAUUCUGUAACUCUACAAGAAAUAUCCAGGUCCCACAUUAAGUGAUUUUUUUAUCUUUGUUUUAUGGGUUGUCAUAACUUCCCAUAUUUCGUGGGUCGUAGAUGACACAUAUUUGUAAUCCCUAAGGGGAACAAUUACAUAUGCCAGAUGGGUGUCCGAAACAGUGUUUCGACACUAAGAUAAUAACGGUUAUGCUGAAUUCAUACUUUAUAAAUAUAGUUGAACAGCAACAUAUAAAACUUUA